AUGAGUUCUGACCUGUCCCAGUCGUUGCGCGCCGCAAGCGACAGCCUCGAACCCCAAUGGGCAGAGGUUCAUCAAGAACACCCGAACGCCAUCGCAGUCGACUGUCUCCACGACCGUUCUCUCUGCGACGAGACUGAUCUAGCGUCUUUCCCAGCCAUCAGACUGUAUCUUAAAGACGGCAGCAUGCAAAGAUACCGCGGGCCCCGCAGGACUAAAGAUAUCACGGCUUUUGUGAAGAGAUUGUCGCGUCCAGUAAUCACAUAUGUCACGCAAAAUGCUGCAAGUGACUUCUCAAAGAGCGACAAUGUUGUUCUCGUCGCCAGACUGGCGAAUAACGACGACAGUCUGCGAUUCAAUGCAAACGACCUUUCGGCAGUUGAUGCGUUACAGUCGCUCAUCCGUCAGUGCUCCACACCUCUCGUGGCACAGCUCACGCGGAGGAACGAGAUGGAACACUUGAGUGCUGGCAAAUCGCUUGUAUACUUCUUUGCCUCUGACCACGAGCGACGGGAAGAGUAUUCCAGCGACAUCAGACAGCCCGCAAGAAACUUUCAGGAGUACCUCAACUUUGUUACUGUGGACUCUAGCGAGUAUUCCGACAUGCUAGUAGGGCUAGGACUUCCAAAAGACGUAUCUGAAGCAUUGGCGCUUCAGAACCCCCAAACUGGACAGAUUUUCCCGUACAUUGGCAAACUUGACACCAAAAGCGUGGAAAGUUUCAUUGUCGAUAUUUCCGAGGGCAACGUCCAGCCUUGGGAUGGUCAGUCGCCAGUGGCAGAGCAGGAUGGGGUCCAGAGUGUGCAUGAUGAAUUGUAG